AUGAACCUUAUAUAAGAGCGGAGGAAGAACACGGCCACAUUGUGCGUAUCUGUUGGCUUGGUCGCAGUUUGAAGCAAAUCUCAUUCUCUGUGGUAUCUUUUCUGAUUACAGUUUUCUCUCCAUCAUGAAGUGGAUGAUCAUAAGAUUCUGCAUGUUGGCUCUGCUGGUCUCCCAGGCUCAGACUAAAGGGACAACUGACUUGGCAACAACUGAUGAUGCUUCAGUUACAAGAACAAAUCCAACAACCGUAAAGACUUCAACUAAAACUACAGCUCAACCCACUGUUCCAGCAAUUGGUACUACUUCACCCAUAAUAACGAGCAUAAAUACUUCAGAUACAACUCAAGCCCCUGUGACAACUCAAUCAGAUCAGCCAACCACAACGGCUCCAUCUUCAAAGCCCACCAUGAUUCAAACAACUGAAUUUCCAAGCAACAUGACUGAUAUGACCACGAUGACAAAUUCCUCAACGCCAGUGAAUGCCACCAUGACAACAGUAGGACAGACCUCAAUUUGGACGACUACGUCAUCCAGCGACUCACUGACAGUUACCAUCAUCAGCUAUACUCUAUCCGUCCUGCUGUACAUGAUGUUGAAUUGAGCAUUAUUUGAUUCAGCACCCUGGAUUAAAGCUAAGCUUGUUUUGGAAAGUACUGUAGUACAGUAUAAUAGAAUAUAAGUAAUAUAUAAAGGUAAAGUAUAGACUAUAUGUAUAUACUUUAUAUAUAAAUUGUUAAUGAGUAUAUAAAUUACUAUUACAUUUACAGUAGCAUAAGCCAAAACUGAACAACAGAUUAUAGUUUUAUUGACUGAAUGUUUGUUAUGGUUGCACAAACCUGCUUGAUGCAUCACAAAUGAGGACUGCCUAAAAAAGCACCUAAGAUUUCAAAUGAAAAAUGUAUAGUUUAAAAUAAUGUCU